UGGGCGGGAGGACAGCGGGAUCGGGGCCGCGCCGGUGGGCGGGCAGGGCCUGGCGGCUGCAGCCGGGAUCGAGCAGUCCGAACGGGAGCUUCCCCAAACACCCCCCCGCCGCUUGCUCGGAGCCGAGCGAGCAAACACAGCAGCAUGGCCAGCGUGCUAUCCCGUCGCCUAGGCAAGCGGUCCCUCUUGGGAGCCCGAGUGUUGGGACCCAGUGCUUCUGAGGUGCCAUCAGGGGCCAGCGUGCCCUUGGAGCCACAGGCCGAAUUGCUGGAGGGGGCCACUGCCCAGCCCUUCCUUGCCUUUAAGGACAGUGUGUGCCAGGAGCAGCCCAAGGAAGUCCUUAAGGCUCUGGCCACAUCAGGCCUCCCGAAAGUGGCCUUCCAGCCUGGACAGAAGGUUUACGUGUGGUACAGGGGUCACGCGUGCAUGGGCCUGGUGGAACAGCACGGCUGGGCAGAAGACAAGGUGACAGUCUGGCUGUUGGACCAGAAGUUACAGAUAUGCUGUAAGGCUGAGGAAGUGUGGCUGGCAGAGCUGCAGGGUGCCAUGGCCCGGGUACCACCUCUGGAGCACGGAGCCCAGGUGCCAGCCUACAGACCUGUCUCUAGGAACAUUGACGUCCCAAAGAGGAAGUCAGAUGCGGUGGAAAUGGACGAGAUGAUGGCUGCAAUGGUGCUGACGUCACUGUCCUGCAGCCCCGUCGUGCAGAGUCCCCCGGGGGCCGAAGCCAACUUCUCUGGCGGGGAUACACUCCUGAGUUUCCCCCCACCUCUCUGGCCAGCCUCCCGCGCAGCCUGCGGCGACCCGUGGAAGGAGAGCGGCGAUGUAUCGGACAGCGGCAGCAGCACCACCAGCGGGCACUGGAGCGGGAGCAGUGGCAUCUCUACCCCGUCACCGCCCCACCCCCAGGCCAGCCCCAAGUAUCUGGGGGACUCCUUUGGCUCUCCCCAAACUGAUCAUGGCUUCGAGACCGAUCCCGACUCUUUCCUGCUGGAUGAACCCGCUCCUCGCAAGAGGAAGAACUCCGUGAAGGUGAUGUACAAGUGCCUAUGGCCUAGCUGCGGCAAAGUUCUGCGCUCAAUCGUGGGCAUCAAACGCCAUGUCAAGGCCCUCCAUCUGGGGGAUACUGUGGACUCUGACCAGUUCAAGCGGGAGGAGGAUUUCUACUACACAGAAGUGCAGAUGAAGGAAGACUCUGCUGUGGCUGUGGCUGGCCCCUCUGCCCCCGGGACCCCCACCGCCGAGCCAGCGGCCACCUCCCGAGUGACCAGCCCGCCCCUUGCUGCUCUUUCGCUGCCCCCACCCAAAGUCCAGUCCUCCGGCCCCGAGCAUCCUGGCCUGGAACCUUCUCUGCCCUCGGUUGCACUCAGCAAGUCAGCUCCUGGCUCCUUCUGGCACAUUCAGGCUGACCACGCCUACCAGGCUCUGCCAUCCUUCCAGAUCCCCGUCUCCCCGCACAUCUACACUAGCAUCAGCUGGGCUGCCGCUCCCGCCACCGCCUCCCCCCUCUCUCCGGUCCGGAGCCGGUCACUGAGUUUCAGUGAGCAACAGCCGCCACCGCCACCCACAGUGAAGUCUCAUCUGAUCGUCACCUCUCCACCACGGGCCCAGAGUAGUACCAGGAAAGCCCGCGGAGAGGCCAAGAAAUGCCGCAAGGUGUACGGCAUCGAGCACCGGGACCAGUGGUGCACAGCCUGCCGGUGGAAGAAGGCGUGCCAGCGUUUCCUAGACUGAGCUGCCCGCUGCCCGCUCCUCGCCCCGGCCCGACAGGCCCGAAGGCGGUGCCCCCCGGCCCGCCCCCGAGAGACGCAGAGCGGAUGUGGGCAGUGGGGACUCUGUUGGCUAAGCUAUAACACUUAAACAAACAAAAAAAAAAACACUUUCUCCCCCUUGUGGGGAGUGUUUUAUUUUUAGAAAAAAAAAAAAAAAGAAAGAAAUGAAAAUAUUUUUGUU